UAUGCAAAAACAAGGUCAUGGUUUGUCAAUGUAAAAUAUUGUUAUUCGAUAAAUUGUGUACAUAUCGCUGCAAUCCGUCUGAGCAGUGAACACACGUAAUGCUCCAACUGUAUUUUCCUACUACAAUUACCGACAUUGUAUUAUCACAGACAGUUUGCUACUAUGCGCUCAGUUUAUUUCGACAUCGAAAGGUUCCGAAUAUUACAAUUGUUGUAACAAUACUAAUAUGUUCAUUUCAAAAAUUCCGUAUACAAUUGACCACUUAAUUGUGUACACAUAUUUUGUUUUAUGAACAUUUUACAACAUUAUAAUCGCUGUAACGGACUAUUAUCCGUUAUCUCUAACAUGAUCUUCUUUCACGAUAGUUAAACACGUAUACAUACAUCUUAUGCACCUAUACCAGUGAUCAUUUCAAACGAAUAUGAGUAUUUUUUUUAUUUCAUUGAUACUUGUAUGGAGUCAGAUGUCAGGUGUUUAUGUCGUCACCUUCUUUGUAGAUGGCAAAAACGAAAACAAGUCAACGGCGAAUAACGUCUCGUGUAGAUCUUGUUUUUGUGAACCCGUGACAAGCCAUUGUAAAGAAGAAAUAUGUACAGAUCAAAAAAAUAUUAAUUUAUGCAAAAAUAAAACUGAUCAAGCAAAUACUGAAAAUCAAGCACCGUCAUCAACUUAUAAUCUGCAAUAUAUUGGAUUUAUAUUCAAAAUGUGUAUUUGUAUGUGUGUAAUGUAUAUGUUUAUAAUACACGCAUCUGGAGAUUGCUUUGAUUCAAUUUCUACGAGAAGAAUACAUCCGAGUUUAAAUCAAAUGCUAUCAGAUGACGGCGGUCUUCCCAACACUUAUAGUGACGACCGAAGUUGUGUUGUGCCGUUGAACGUCUCUGAAUACAAUAACACCAAUGAUCCGCCUCCUUCGUACCACGAUUUGCAAAACACUAGAACAGACUUUUCGAGUCUUCGUUACUCGACACGACCGCCGGUGCAGAGUUCCGAUUUAAACCACGACGGUAGUUAUAAUAACUACAACGCAAGCUUGUUUUUAACGUCCCCGGUCGACGACGAGCCACCGCCGUCGUACGACGAUUUCAUGGCGAUCUAUCGUUCGAAACUCACAAAGGUUCCCGACGAUUUACCGCCGAAUUAUGCGAACGAUCAUCUGUACACGGCUAUGCCGGUCGACACGAUGGAAUCCGCGCGAGAUUUGCGAACGACAUUCAUCGUAUCCGAAACCGACAUUUUAUGCGCUCAAGUCUAACGCAGACUAUCACACGACCAUAUUAUAUUGUCGACCGAUCCGAUCCUUUGCGUUCUUUUACUAUACGGUGUAUUACGUUAAAAGUUAUAGACUAUAUAUAUAUAUAUAUAUAAAGACUUAACAAAUAGAGUUACCACUGUGGUUUAACUCGCAUAUACAGCUGUUAUAUUUGUGAAAAUCUUUCUGACCCAGUGAGAUGAUCGCUCUCUGUUUUCAUAAAACGCUUUGAAAUCGAACAGGUCCGGAAGGUUUUGAUAAAUUAUAUAUCAUAAAACAUGUUUUAAUGUUUAUGCUGUAUAUCAUACCUAUAUAGGUAGUAAUUUGUUGUUUCGUGAUGUCGAUUUAAAAAUAACGUUUUGUAUUUUCAAUUAUUCAAUUUCUAAAAACCAAUACAAUAUAGUAUUGGUUUUUAAAAUUCUUUUUCGAACACGUUUUUAUGAGAAUAAUUCGAGUUGUGAGUUUGACACUAAAUCUAUAAGUAGUAUUUAAAAAAAUCAAAAAUGAUUGUUUUAAAUUGUAAAAAUAAUAAUAUAAUAGUAUUUAUAUAUUUUAAUAAUCAUUACUAUUAUUACUUAGACAUUGAUGUACGACGAAGUGUGGUAGGCAACAACCAAGUCGUUAUAUAUAUAUAUAUAUCGUAUAUUUUUAUGUUAAUAUUAGACCUUAAAAUAUAAUACACAAUAAUAUGAUCCUCCGAAGAAUAAUUUGCAUGAUCACAUAUUUAUAGAAUUAGUUAUAAGUUAAAAUGAUUUUACCAAAUUAUUGUGCAGAUAAUUAUGAACAACCAAUUUUUAAAUAAUAAUAUUUAUUUUUAUAUAGCUAUUCUUACGCCUUGUAGUUUUUGUAAAAAUUGUACCCAAUAUUUUUAUAAAAUUGUAUAAAUGUCAUCAUGUUUACUCCUAUUAUAUUUAUGACUUAAAGUUUUUGAUAUGUGAAUAUCCGUGUACAUAAAGUGUUAAAAUAUUUUAUAACAAUGUCACGAUUUUCACGGAUACGUGAAAUAGUCUUAUAUCUGUUCUACAUGGUUAGGUUAAAACAUUUCAUUCGAAAAUAAAAUAGAACGAACAUUUAUUUUGAACGAUACUUAGGCUUAAAAAUAGUUAUUCAAUACUGUCAUUCAAAUCAAAAAAAAUGUGAUAAUGUAUUAAAAUAAAGUCUAUAAUAUCGUUUAUA